ACAAGGUUGAGCUUACGCAAAUGAAGGGACUCUCACACCAUCAAUAACAUCACUAUUAAGGGUCAACAGAGAGAAGAAGAGGGCGGAGGAAAGAAGUGGGUGAAGGAGAUGGAUCCUUGUCCCUUCGUUCGGCUUAUCGUCGAAUCCCUCGUGCUCAAGCUGCCGGCCAUAUCGAGGCCCGCCGGCCCGGGCGUGCACCCCUCGACCACCCCAUGCUUCUGCUCUAUCGAGCUCCAGGACUGCCCCUCCUCGUCCCACACCACCCCUCUCCCCGUCGCCGCCGACCCCACGUCGACGACCAAUCUGAUGGAGGCGCCCGCGUCCGCAGUCCCCUCCGCACCGGUGGCCAUCAGCCUCGACCCGGCCACGCUGCAGCGGCUGUCGGGCAAGCGGGCGAGCCUGACCGUGUCGGUCUACGUGGGCCGAACGGGGAGCACGUGCGGGUUCAACUCGGGGCGCCUGCUGGGGCGGGUGCGGGUGGCGGUGGACCUGGAUAUCGCGCCGGCAAGGCCGACGGUGGCGCAGAGCGGGUGGGUGAUGGUGGGGCACGGGCGGUCGGCGGCGCGCCUUCACCUGGUGGUGCGGUCGGAGCCGGACCCCCGGUUCGUGUUUCAGUUUGGCGGCGAGCCGGAGUGCAGCCCGGUGGUGUAUCAGAUACCGGGUAACUGCGGCAGCAGCCGCAGCGGAUGUAUUCGGCAGCCUGUCUUCAGCUGCCGCUUCUCCAUCGACCGUAGGCGGAGCACCCGAUCCUCGUCUAUAUCACUGCCAUCUGAUGCUGCUUCCCACAACAAUAGCAUGAGAUGCUGGUUUGGCUCCUUAGGGGCAGAGAAGAACCAACGAAGAAGGGAGCAGCGCAAGGGCUGGACUGUGACGAUACAUGACCUCUCGGGAUCCCAGGUGGCCGCCGCGUCCAUGGUCACGCCCUUCGUGCCGUCCCCCGGCUCCGACCGCGUCUCCAGAUCCGACCCCGGCGCCUGGCUUAUCCUCCGGGCCAUCGUCCCCCCCUCCUCCUCCUCCUCCUCAUCCUCCACCAACUGGAAGCCGUGGGGCCGCCUCGAGGCCUGGCGAGAACGAGGAGCCGUGGACGCCCUGGGCUGCAGGUUCGAGCUGGUGCCCGACACCGGACCCAUCGGCGGCGUGCCCAUCGCCGAGUCCUCCCUCAGCGUCCGCAAAGGUGGCCAUUUCUGCAUCGAUCCCAGCGUCAUCGGGGACGUGGUGGCCGGUCCGUGGCCAUUCCUCGGAGGCUUCGUGAUGGGAUCCACCGUCGAGGGGGAGGGGAAGGCGAGCAAGCCGUCGGUGCAGGUCGGGGUGCAGCACGUGUCGUGCAUGGCCGACGUCGCGCUAUUUAUAGCCCUCUCUGCCGCCAUUGAUCUUAGCAUGGACGCCUGUCAGCUGUUCUCCCAGAAGCUGAGGAAGGAGCUUUGCAAAGACCAGCAAGAUUGUAGCCUCUAAAGGUUCAUGAUCCGCUCGCAUCUCUUCCUGUCACAGACUUGGAGAUCGAUCGCCCAUAUUCUUUCAUUUGUUUAUUGAUCGAUGAUCCUUUCCUCCUCCUUGUUCUUGAUGCUUGUGAUCUGAAAUGAGUGAACUACACCGGCGUGGAGUCAUCUGCGCUCUCUGGUGGUGCUCAUAAUUAGAGCCUCAUGUUCUGAGGAAGCUUGAACAUGUUGCAUCAGUUUCUACUGGUUUCCUGUUUCGAUCGCUUGAAUUGUAUGGCUACUAUGUUUAAGUUAAUUCAUAUGGCUUGAUUUGUAGCA